CAGCUGGUGAGUAGACGUUUUUCUAACAGUGAAAUAUAGCUAAUUAUCACUUUUUUUUUUUAAAGAAAAUAAUACUUUUGUAGUCGUUAACAGGAAGUACUCUAGGGAUGCUUUGAACUGCCUUUGUGCGAUGUUUAUGAUUUUGUUAUUCCCAUUGUUAGCAAAGUAGUAUAAAGCUAACCUAGGUGUACUAAACUGCUGCUAGCUGCUUGGACAAGUCGUCCGUCUUAUUAGCCACCCUAAGUGAUGCGUUUGAACUAAUUUGUCAUUUGGAGAGAAAAAAAAAUGUCAAGACGCAGUUGCCGUAACACGCUGCAAGAAAGAGAUGAAAACACAGCAGACCAAAAUACAUGUCCAAGGAAGAGAAAAGCUGAGCAAUGCAAAAGGAAAACUCCAGCAGCCAAGAAACAAAGCUAUGAAAUUCAGAACCGGUGGGUGGAAGGAGAUGUUAGCCCCUGCGUUCUUGUCGAGACACCUCACAAGGAACUUGAAGAGACGAGUAACUUGUCUGGUUUUAAACGCUUCCGGUUCAAGAAUCUGUUCAUCAAGCCUUCUCCUCUACCUUGCCUCAGCUGGGCCAGCUCUGAUGAUGUGUGGAUUAAGAUGCUGAAUAAAGAACUGAAGUACAUCCAUGAUAAAACCUUCAUGCAGCAGCACCCUAGCCUGCAACCAAAAAUGAGGGCUAUUCUCCUUGACUGGCUUUUAGAGGUGAGUGAGGUGUAUAUGCUUCACCGUGAGACCUUUUACCUGGCACAGGACUUCUUUGAUCGCUUCAUGCUGACUCAGGUAGCCAUUGGGAAGAACCAGUUGCAACUCAUUGGCAUUACUUCACUAUUCGUUGCGUCUAAAUUGGAGGAAAUCUACCCGCCAAAGCUUCAAGAGUUUGCGUACGUCACAGACGGUGCCUGCGAUGAAGAUGAAAUCCUGGAAAUGGAGCUGAUCAUGCUGAAGGCGUUAAACUGGCACCUCUGUCCGGAAACUCCCAUCUCUUGGCUGAAGCUUUAUGCUCAAGUGGGCUCUCUGAAGGAAGGACCAAAUUUUCUCGUGCCUCAGUUUUCUCAGGAAGCCUACAUACAAAUGACUCAGUUGCUGGAUCUUUGUAUACUGGACAUUAACUCGUUAGAUUACCAGUAUGGAGUUCUGGCUGCUGCUGCGUUUUGUCACUUUACCUCAAUUGAAACUGUGCAGAAAGUAUCUGGUCUGACAUGGGACAGUAUAUCCAGCUGUGCACGCUGGAUGGCCCCCUUUGUGAGGGCUGUGAAUGAAUACGGCCAGCCAAAACUGAAGGACUUCAAAAAGGUUGCAGUAGAGGACCGGCACAACAUCCAAACUCACGUGGACUAUCUGUCCAUGUUGAACGACGCUCAGCAGCGACAGCAGGAGAACCUGAACCGAUUGUCUCCAGUGGCUGUAGGAGGCCUGCUGACUCCACCUAAAAGCACAGAAAAGCCCACUAAUGUGUGACAGGCUCAAGAACAAACUGCUGUUCCCGUUUAUGAUCCACACCACCUGGCUGUCAACAGCACAAGCAUGCCUUUCUGUUUGUGUGCAAAGGACCUCUGGACCCACAUGCGGUUUCAACACUUCUAGAACUGGGCUUGUUUCAUAUCAGUGUAGAGAAGAGCUUUACAGAAUGAGACAAGGUGCUGUGUUUUGAAUAGCAGUGGUCAUGACCUCACAGGAUGGUGUUCAAAGCCGUGAUAUGUGCCUUUUUAUCAAAGACUCUUGAAGAUUGUUUACAAGUAUUUAAGUCCUAUACUUGACUUUAGGGCUUUCAUUUCUGAAAUGUACCCAGAGCAAUGCAGUGUUGUAUCUGAGAUGGCUCACUUUGUAGGAUUGUGUAUGUGUGUUAUUUUAUUUUUCCACUUGUAGAAAAAUGUGUGAUGUGAAUGUUUUAUGGACUAAACUACGUUGCCAUAGGAUUUCUAGUCAGUGCUGCUCUAAACCUCUGGUCAUUGUGAAGCUGAACUGCAGCAUGGAGACAUGGAAGUUGGUGUGGGUGAGUCGAGUCGUUCUCACAUGUGCUGCGUCAUUUGAGUUCUUCUUAGCCAGUCUAAGGAACCUGUUCCUAUUAUUUCACUCUGAAAGAAGUUUGAUGAAAUUUACAAUUGCAAAAGUAUUUGCAUAUUUAUGGUGUCACCUUUUCUAUUUUAAAUUUAUUGAACUUUCAUGAUACUAUGAAUUUCUUUUCAUUCUAUUGCCAAAGGCAAAUAUUUAAUUCAAAGGGUGCUUAUUUAUGAAAUGUUGUAAGAUGCAGUAUUGUACUGGACCUUACUUUUGUAGCAUAACUCAUGUGUGGUGUUUUUUUUUUUUUUUAAACUCUCAGAAGUGGGAGUCAAAUACAUUGCCUGUAAAGAACAUGGUGUAAAACUGUAUAUAAGAGAAUGUGUACAUAUGGUAAUGUCAAGACAUGAUUUCCCUGUCUUAGUUGUUACAUAUGAAAUAUUAAAGCAGUGAUAGAAAUUUGA